AUGACCUCAAAUAACGUCAAUUCUUUAACGAGCGGCUGGUUGUUGCCAACUUUUAUGCCCUCAAAUAGUUCUUUUGAUGAUGAAGAUCUUCCAACGAAUGCAACCAGUAAUAAUGACUUUAUUACCACAUCGAUCAUCUGGGGAUUUAUUGGAGCUAUUACUGUCAUGCUAAAUUUCGUUGUUUUGGCUAUAAUUAUAGCUAGAAAAAGGUUACAUAAUACGACCAAUGUUAUUUUAGGCAGUAUGUUCUUUAGCGAUAUUUUAUUUGCAGCAGUCUAUAUAUUUCCUCGCUGGGUCAAUCCGUUCUACUACCGCGAUUGGCUAUACUGCUCACUUGUGGCGGUUUUUGCUCCAUUAGCUAGUGCAAUCAUUAACAUGCAUCUAAUGGCAGCAAGUAUAGACAAAUUUAUUGCCACUCAAUUUGCUAUACGCUAUAAAGUAUCUGCCAGGCCUUUGCAUGCUUACCUUGCUGUUGCUUGUAUAUGGAUUCUAACGUUACUAAUGGCAUUUAUGCCACUAAUAGCAUAUCGACCAAUUUACCAGGGCUUAUGUUAUCCAUGGCAUAAUGCACAGCAAUAUAAAGAAACGAUCUUUAAUAUGAUUUUCCUCGCUCUCUUUUUCAUCUUGCCCUUACUGGUGAUGAUUGGCUGUUACACGCGGAUAUAUUUUAUUGCUAGUAAAUCAUUGUACUUUAAUUCUCCCAUAAAUAAUGAUGCACGUUCGAUGAGAAAGCACUACAAGCUGGCUCGUGUUCUAGGCAUUCUGGUGUUGACUUAUUUCAUCAUGUGGACACCAUUUACCUCCAUUUAUAUUAUUUCCUUAUUUUAUUCACCGUUUGAGAUUGCUACUUCCCUUCAAGGCUAUAGAGAGGCUUUAGCUGUGGCACAAUAUAUUGCCUUUACUUAUCCGGCAAUUAAUCCUUUGCUGUAUGGAUAUUUUAUCCCUGAAAUACGAAAUCCGGUCAUGCGAGUGUUAUGCCGUUCAUCGCGCGUCUCGCCAUUAUCAUGUACGCCUAUCGUCAAUAAUGCAAGAGUUAAAAUAUCUUCCUGA